AUGCUUAUCAAAUAUGAUCUUGAGGAAAAUGAUUGGUUGAAACAGAUGUAUGACUUACGAGAGAAAUGGGCUUUGGUUUAUGGUAGAGAGACAUUUUGUGCUGAUAUGCCGACUACCCAAAGAAGUGAGAGUAUGAACAAUGCAAUAAAAGGUUUUGUCAAUUAUAAAAAUAAUCUUUUACGCUUUUUUGAAAAUUUUGAAAGAUUGCUUGAUUAUCGUCGCUAUGAGGAGUUACAAGCUGAUUUCAAAGCGACCCAAAGAAAAGUAAAAUUGUCAUUUGAGAUUGAAAUUUUGAAGCAUGCAUCAAGUUUUUAUACACCAGCAGUGUUAAACAUGUUUCAAACUCAGGUUUGUGAGAGUUAUGAUUGUGCUAUUACUUUAUACGAUGAGAAUGAGACAUUGUUUAAGUACAAAAUUUUCCCGAAAAGGCAUCUUCAUCAUAUUGUUGAAUAUGAUUCAGCUGACGACACAGUGACAUGCUCUUGCAAGAAAUUUCAAUUCACAGAUCCUAAAAUUGAUAUGGUGAAUCGUUAUCACGAGUUGUGUAGAUUAUUUCAAACUUGUGUUGUAACAAAGGCAUCAAAGAGUGAGAAAGCAUACAAUUAUGCUAAGAGUGGUCUUAGAAAGAUUGUGGAAGAAAUUGAUGAUCCAUCAGAUGACCCAAUCAUACAUAGCUAUGACGAGAAUCAAUAUUCCAACAAAGAGAGGAAUAAUAUUAAAGGAAUCAAGACAAAAAGAAAGGUUUGUGGUAAAUCUAGCAGGUCAAAAGCAGCUCUUGAAAAAGCUAGAAAGAAGAAAAAAGUUGAGCGCAAUAAGAACGAAGGAUCAAGUGGAAGUGGAAAGAAAUUUAAUCAAAAUAGCUUUGAUGGUCCACAUCAACAUGAUCCAUUCAUUUUUGGUGCAUCACAAGCUUCAUCUCAUUUUGGUAGAGAUAGACAACUUCAUUUUGAAGUCUCUCUUGCUCAACAACCAUUGCAAAAUUUAGAGUUAUGUAUAUCUCCACUUAAUCUUAACCAAGCAGUGGCACUUGCCAAGUAG